CGCACCGAAAAUUUUCCCCCAAUUUCUUACGAUUCCCGCCUCCAAUCUCAAUAUCAUUGAAUCAUCCAAAUUUCUGUUGAUUUCUUGCAUCAAUCUUCAAAUCCAGCACUCCUUUGAUUCAAUUCGUUUCGUUCUCUCCCGAUUGAUUGGUCUUUCGACCCAAUCUGUUGAUUUCAUUUGGUUCUAGGUUUUCGCUUUGAAUUUUUCGAUCUGUGCGAUUUCUUGUAGAAAUCUGUUGAAUUUUUGGGUAAAGUCUACCAAUUGUCUAUAUUCGUUAUUUCCCCUCUAUUAAUAGACCCAGAAUUUGUAAUUUUAUCCAGAGACUUUUUGGUAUCUAGGGUUUGGCCGUCGUCGUGGUUCUUUAAUCUUAGGGUUCCUUGGAUCUGUAAAUUGAUUUACGCGUUUGAAGAUGGGAGUCAAGCGUCCUUUAGAACAGGAAGAUCUUCCAGAGCUUUCUUUCAAGCAACCUAAACAACUUGAUAAUAACAGAAAGCUGACAUUUACAGCAGAGGAUUUUCCUACUCACAGAACUACUCUCGAAGUUGAUUCUCCUGGCGAAGUAAAGAGCAACUUUUGUAAGAUACACUCUGACGGGAUGCUUGAAAAUGGUGACACAAAUGGUGCAUCCCUGGCAGACAAAGAAUUGGAGGCAAGUGCACCCUUAUCUUUGGUCACCAGUAGCAGUAGUGAGGAAGAUGCUGGAAACGAGGACACAUCUAUCUUGUAUAAUUUUCCAGGAUAUAUUGACUUCAGCAUACCGUGGCGACCCCCGCAACAGUAUGAGGAUCCAUACAUUUCCCUGUUGAAUUCUUCUCCUAGGAAAGAAGUUCCUGUUGGACCAGAUUAUCAAGCUGAAGUUCCAGAGUGGGAUCCAAGCUCUAGUGCGAAAGAUUCUUUGGGUUCCAACAACUUCGUUGAUAAUGAGGAGCAAAGAUUGAUGGGUGCUUGUGUCAUCCCUAUGCCUGGGUUAAAUGGUUCAAGCGUUGAUGGAGUAACAGUUGGACGGGGCAGAACAGAUUGUAGCUGCCUGGAUAUGGGAUCCAUGAGAUGUGUGCAGCAACAUGUAAAGGAAGCAAGAGAAAAAUUACGAGAGACAAUCGGCGAAGAGGCUUUCGCAAAUUUGGGGUUCUAUGAUAUGGGUGAAGAGGUCGCGUGGAGGUGGAGUGCUGAAGAUGAACAUAUCUUUCACAAUGUGAUCUUCUCUAAUCCUGCAUCACAUGGCAGAAAUUUUUGGAAGCACCUCAGUGUCAUGUUCCCAACUCGAACAAAGAAAGAACUCAUCAGUUAUUAUUUCAAUGUCUUUAUGCUGCGAAGGCGGGCAGUUCAGAACAGAUCUUACUUGUUGCAGAUAGACAGUGACGAUGAUGAAGAGCCAAAAGGUGUCCAUGGAGAUUACUCUCAGAACCGAUCUUCUUUACUUGAUCAGGACACUGAUGAUGAAGAUGACCUGAGACACACCCACGGGGACUUGUAUCUAGUCAGAGGGGAAGAUGAAGACUCUACAAUUGAGUCUUUUGGUGAUCAGGAUCUGGAUGCAGGCUGGGUGGACGACUAUGGGUCCGAGCCUGAAAAUUGUUGCAGGGAUGAGGGCAGCGACAACAAUCAUGACACUUCUGAUGGCGAUGUUCAUAAGCAAGAUGCUGUAGAGAUGGAUGGUGCUGGUCAAGAUACCAAAAACUAGCAUGCUACUGCAGUUCAUAUGUCUUAGCUUGCCGUAUCCCUGAUACUAAUGUGUACAAGUAGAGAUAGUGAAAAAGGGAAACGACCUCUUGCUGAGAUCGAUGUGCCCCCCUUUUUCUUCUUCUUUUUCCCUUUGGUGGGGAACUUAAACUCAAUGUUCUGAGUGAAACAUUGUGAGUUCCUCCCUCUGGAAGAAUUUUGUUUCUCCACUAAGGUUAAGCAUGGCGAUCUUCCCAUUGCUUCAAUGGGGUCACCUGAUCCUCCAUCCCCACCCUGCUGUAUAAAUUUUGUUAAGAACCGGUUUAUGAAUAAAUUAUUAUUCUUUAAGGUCA